UUCACGCCCCCGACGCGCAGGACGCCGAGGCGAGGCCCGCCUCCCGUCCAAGGAGCCACAUCCGCGUCGUGCCACGCCGCCAGCUCCCCGCGGGGGGACUACUUCGCUCCCCGCCCCUCCGUCCCGCGCUACUUCCUGCCGCGGACGCGUCGGUGCGCGGCGCGCACGGCAUGGCGGCGGCGGCGCGCGCCUGAGGAGCUGGGGGUACGCCGGCCCGGUCAGGCCUCGGCGCGGCCUACACGCUCCACUCGCUCGCUCGCUCGCUCCCGCCCGGCGCCCCGCCAUGGCGGAGCCUUCGCCGGCCCGACGUCCGGUGCCUCUCAUCGAGUCGGAGCUGUACUUCCUCAUCGCCCGCUACCUCUCAGCUGGCCCGUGUCGCCGAGCGGCGCAGGUGCUGGUGCAGGAGCUGGAGCAGUACCAGCUGUUGCCGAAGAGAUUGGACUGGGAGGGCAACGAGCACAGCAGGAGCUACGAGGAAUUGGUCUUGUCCAAUAAACAUGUGGCUCCCGACCACCUACUACAGAUAUGCCAGCGUAUCGGUCCGAUGCUGGAUAAGGAGGUUCCGCCCAGUAUCUCAAGAGUCACGUCUUUGCUUGGUGCAGGAAGGCAAUCUUUGCUACGAACAGCAAAAGACUGCAGGCACACAGUGUGGAAGGGCUCUGCCUUUGCUGCUCUUCACAGAGGAAGACCUCCUGAAAUGCCCGUGAAUUAUGGCCCCCCACCGAGUCUUGUGGAGAUACACCGAGGAAAGCAGCUCACAGGGUGUUCCACUUUUAGCACAGCGUUCCCAGGAACUAUGUACCAGCAUAUAAAGAUGCACAGGAGGAUUCUCGGACAUCUGUCUGCUGUGUACUGUGUAGCAUUUGAUAGGACAGGACAUAGAAUCUUUACUGGUUCAGAUGAUUGUUUGGUAAAGAUUUGGUCAACACAUAAUGGCCGCUUGUUGUCUACGUUAAGAGGCCAUUCUGCAGAGAUUUCAGACAUGGCUGUAAACUACGAGAACACACUGAUUGCUGCAGGAAGCUGUGAUAAGAUCAUUAGGGUGUGGUGCUUGAGGACUUGCGCCCCAGUUGCUGUGCUGCAAGGACACACGGGGUCAAUUACAUCUUUGCAGUUUAGCCCAAUGGCCAAAGGACCUCAGCGGUACAUGGUUUCUACUGGUGCUGAUGGCACUGUUUGCUUUUGGCAGUGGGAUUUAGAGUCCUUGAAAUUCAGUCCACGACCCCUGAAGUUCACGGAAAAGCCAAGGCCUGGUGUUCAGAUGCUGUGUUCUUCAUUUAGCGUUGGUGGUAUGUUUUUAGCUACAGGUAGUACUGAUCAUGUAAUCAGAAUGUAUUUUUUGGGAUUUGACGCACCUGAAAAAAUCGCCGAGCUUGAAAGCCACACUGACAAAGUUGAUAGUAUCCAGUUCUGUAACAAUGGUGACCGGUUCUUAAGUGGUAGCCGAGAUGGAACAGCACGGAUCUGGAGGUUUGAGCAGUUGGAAUGGAGAAGCAUUUUACUGGACAUGUCUGCCAGGAUCUCAGGAGACACAUCUUCAGAAGAAGAGAGGUUUAUGAAACCCAAAGUUACAAUGAUUGCUUGGAACCAGGAUGAUAGCACCGUGGUUACAGCUGUGAAUGAUCAUGUCCUCAAGGUGUGGAGUUCCUACACUGGACAGCUGCUUCAUAACUUACUGGGACAUGCUGAUGAAGUGUUUGUUUUGGAGACACAUCCCUUUGAUUCCAGGAUUAUGUUAUCUGCAGGACACGAUGGCAGCAUAUUUAUAUGGGAUAUUACAAAGGGCAUCAAGAUGAAGCAUUACUUUAAUAUGAUCGAAGGGCAAGGACAUGGAGCUGUGUUUGACUGCAAGUUUUCACAGGACGGACAACAUUUUGCCUGUACAGAUUCUCACGGGCAUCUUCUGAUAUUUGGGUUUGGAUGCAGCAAGCCAUAUGAAAAGAUUCCUGAUCAGAUGUUUUUUCAUACUGACUACCGACCACUGAUAAGAGAUUCCAAUAACUAUGUCUUAGAUGAGCAGACGCAGCAGGCGCCUCAUCUUAUGCCUCCACCAUUCUUGGUAGACGUGGAUGGAAACCCUCAUCCAACCAAGUUCCAGAGAUUAGUACCAGGUCGAGAAAACUCAGCGGAUGAACAUUUGGUUCCACAGCUAGGCUAUGUGGCCACAAGUGAUGGAGAGGUGAUUGAACAGAUCAUAAGCCUGCAUACCAACGACAGUGGCGAUGCAAGCCCAGAGUCCAGCGUCUUGGAUGGCAUGAUUAGGCAGCUGCAGCAGCAGCAAGACCAGAGACUGGGCGUGGAUCAGGAUGGGACUGCAAAUGGACUUCCCAAUGGGGAAGGGACACCCCAAAGAGGGAGUUUUAGACGACUGAGUUUAGACAUUCAGUCUCCUCCAAACAUCGGUCUCCGUCGGAGUGGGCAGGUUGAAGGUGUUCGUCAGAUGCAUCAGAACGCUCCUCGGAGUCAGAUUGCUACAGAGCGUGACCUCCAGGCUUGGAAGCGGAGAGUAGUUGUUCCAGAGGCACCACCCGGCAUGUUCAGGAGGUUGGAAGACAUUCGCAUAGAGAGAGGCGAGGAGGAGAGAAAUCUGUAUGUAAUAGGGAGGAAAAAGAAGACUUUCCAGCUCCCACAAAAGUCAAAUUCGAUGGUUUUGGUGUCCCAGACUAGACAACGGAAAUGUAGGCGUAAAUAUGCAAAUUAUAGUAGAAGAAACACUGACCAGUGUGAAUUAUCUUCUGGAAAUGAAUCUUUGGGCUCUGUUAGACACGAGACAUCUUGUGAUCAGAGUGAAGGUUCUUGUUCUUCAGAAGAUGAUGAGUGGAGAAGUGACAGAAGAAGUGGUAGUGACAGCGACAGCCCAAGUGAUUCUUCAUCUCAGUAUUCUGACUGGACAGCUGACACGGGGAUCAACUUGCAGCCUCCUCUCAGGAUGUCAUGUCGUCGUCGAGUAACUCGAUUCUGCAGCACUUCAGAGGACGAAAUGUCCAUGGAGAACAUAUCACCUCCUAAACGAAGGCGGGAAAGAAGGAAAGAAAGCAAACCUAAGAGGGAGAGUUUGCGAAAGAUGACUCCAGCAGAACUUGCAAAUAUGGAACACCUGUAUGAGUUUCACCCUCCUGUGUGGAUAACAGACACCACACUUCGGAAGUCUCCCUUUGUUCCUCAGAUGGGUGAUGAGGUGAUGUACUUCCGUCAGGGUCAUGAAGCUUACAUUGAAGCUGUCAGAAGAAAUAACAUUUAUGAACUGAACCCUAACAAGGAGCCAUGGAGGAAAAUGGAUCUUAGGGAUCAAGAACUGGUCAAAAUUGUUGGACUAAGGUAUGAGGUUGGACCACCUACACUCUGUUGCCUCAAACUAGCAUUUAUAGAUCCAGCAACUGGCAGACUGACAGAUAAAUCUUUCUCUAUUAGAUACCAUGACAUGCCAGAUGUUAUUGAUUUUCUUGUGUUGCGCCAAUUUUAUGAUGAAGCAAGACAGAGAAACUGGCAGCCUUGUGACAGAUUUCGAUCUAUAAUUGAUGAUGCUUGGUGGUUUGGAACUGUGUUGAGUCAAGAGCCUUAUCAACCCCAGUAUCCUGACAGUCACUUCCAGUGUUACAUUGUUAGGUGGGACAACACCGAGACUGAAAAGCUUAGCCCGUGGGACAUGGAACCGAUUCCUGACAAUGUUGAUCCUCCUGAAGAAUUGGGAGCAAGUAUCUCUGUCACUUCAGAUGAGCUAGAAAAAUUGCUCUACAAACCACAAGAAGGAGAAUGGGGCCAGAGGUCAAGAGAUGAGGAGUGUGAGCGGAUCAUCAGUGGCAUAGACCAGCUUUUAAACCUUGAUAUAGCAGCAGCAUUUGCAGGCCCGGUGGAUCUGUGCACGUAUCCCAAGUACUGCACAGUAGUAGCUUAUCCAACUGAUCUCUACACAAUUCGAAUGAGGCUUGUUAAUCGAUUUUACAGGCGGUUAUCUGCAUUAAUUUGGGAAGUCCGAUAUAUAGAGCAUAAUGCAAGAACAUUUAAUGAACCGGAAAGUGUAAUUGCAAGAUCAGCUAAAAAAAUAACUGACCAGCUUCUGAAGUUUAUCAAGAAUCAAGAUUGUACAAAUAUAUCGGAACUAUGUAACACUUCUGACAAUGAUGACGACGACAGUGCUGAUGAUUUGGAUGACAGUGAUCUUCCUAAAACAUCUUCUGGAAGAAGGAAGGUCCACAACUGGAAAAGGAGGAGUAGAGCCAGCGGCUGUAUUGAGAGUGACUGGAGGAGACAGUGCAAGGCCCUGCUUAUCCUCAUCUUCCAGUGCGAGGACUCGGAGCCCUUUAGACAGCCCGUGGACUUGGAUGAGUACCCAGAUUACCGAGAUAUUAUAGACACGCCAAUGGAUUUUGGAACAGUAAGGGAAACUCUAGAAGCCGGGAAUUAUGAUAGCCCUGUGGAGUUUUGCAAAGACAUUCGAUUGAUAUUUAGCAAUGCAAAGGCAUAUACACCCAACAAAAGAUCAAAGAUUUAUAGUAUGACCUUGAGAUUGUCUGCUUUGUUUGAAGAAAAAAUGAAGAAAAUCUCCUUUGAUUUUAAAAUUGGUCAAAAAUUCAAGGAGAAACUUCGUAGAAGCCAAAGAUUCAAGCAACGACAAAACUGUAAUGGUGCUGUUCUCGGUGACAGGAGCACGAGAAAUGUCAAACAGAAGCAGUUCAAAUCUCAGACAAAAGUAAUUCCACAGUUGAUGUGUCCUCCUUCUCAGUCUACCUCAAGUAGAGCACCUUUGUCUGCAGCCCGCAGGACAAGUGCUGGUGUCUCUUCAGGCUUUACUUCUGGGGACUCUUCAGACUCUGCAGGAUCGUUAGACAGAGCGAGAAGACACAGACCUGAAGUACUCAGGAGUGGUUCUGUGCUGUUUGGAAGUGAAAUGGAAGAUUUCUUAGCUACCUCUUCAUCUUCUUCAGCUUCAAAUAGUUCAGAGGAAAGCAAAGCGAGUUCUGGAGCUCAAGAAUGUUCCUUGCGCAGUGGUGUGUUGAGAAGCAGCAACCUCAGGGUGACCAGAACAAGAGCUGCUCGGAGGAAACCUGGUUCUGUUUCUUUAGAAAAUGGAUGUGGUAGAAAAGCCACUCGGAAGAGAGUCUAUUUAAGUGAUUCUGAUAACAAUUCAGUGGAAACAGAUGAAAGUCUGAAAAAUAAAAAAUGUGGAAGCAGCCGGAAAGUUCUGCGGAAGUGUGCUGCUGUUGCUGCCAGCAAGAUAAAGCUGAUGAGUGAUGCAGAAGAUUGGAGCUCAGAGAGCCCCUGCUCUGGGCGGAAGCUGCCACAUCGAAAUGCGUCAGCUGUAGCCAGGAAAAAGUUGCUACACAACUCUGAUGAUCAGAGCCUUAAGUCAGAGACUGAAGAACUAAAAGACCAGAACCAAGCAUUGUUGAUGUGCAGUCCCCAUACUGUCCAGAACAGCAUCAGUGACUCGGAGUCAGACAGUGACUUGCGAGUAGCCCGGAAGACCUGGAAUGCUAAUGGCUGCAUAUCCCAUACUGCAGCAACAUGCAAAACCAAAUCUCGUCCAAUAGAGUCUUCUGAGGAAGAUUCCAGAUGUCAUGGAUCUGAUUAUGGGCCCAGUAGCACUGCGGACCCUUCAACAUCUGGGCAGAAACUUAGGGCAGAUAGCAUCUCUGAGGAAGCUGACUCUGAACCAGAAAGCAGUGUAUUAUGCAAGAAUACACAUUUGUUUAAGAAAGCCAAGAUCUUGAGCGAUUCAGAAGACUGUGAGGAAAAGUGUGGAGAAAGGAGAGGCCCUGAAGUGGAAGGAAGCCCAGUUUCUGAAGCCUUGAGGGAAGCCAUUCUUGCUCCUCAGUGUCUCUCACAUCAUGGAUCUGAGACUGAUGUGGAUUCUGACAGCAGUACAGUGAGAGAGAAAUCACACAGCAAUGAGAACGAUUCUGUAUCACGAGAGAAUGGACAAAGAAAGAAAGUUUCCCGGAAAAGGUUCUGUUCCAGUGACUCGGAAAGUAAUCUACAGGUAACCCAGAAGUCACCCAACAAUCAAACCAGCCCCUCGAGGAUUACUCGAAGUGCUAGUAUGGCUACUGAUAAAAUGAAGCUCACAAGUGAUGCAGAAGAUGUCAGCUUAGAAAGCGUGUGCACUCGAAGCAAAAGGAGAAGGAAAAAGCCCGCUCGAUAUGCUUGUACCACAGCAAAGACUGCGCUGAGUAGUGAGGAGAAACAUGCACAUUGUGAAGUGCCAGAGGCACAGCCUGCCUGCAGGAGCAAGCUCCCUGAGCCUGAACACCAAGAUAGUACAGAGAAUGCCAGUCAGGCUGCAAGUACAGACUUGAGUUCUGAGGGGGGUUCCAGUUUUAAACAAACAAAAAGCAUACAGAACAGGCAAAUGGGCGGGGUCUGCAUAAGGCCACCUCCUAAAACCCAAAGCUCCUCUGCUGGGCCUUCUCAGGAAAACCCCAAAAGCCAAACCCUGGAUAGUGAGAUUAGCUUACCUUCUGAGUCGGUUUUGACCCAGAAAGCUACUGUAGAGAGUAACUUUGAAGAAGAACUGAACUAUGGGUUAAGAAGGUGGAAUGGCAGAAGGCUCAGGACAUACGGGAAGGCCCCACUCAGUAGGACAGCACAAGUUACUCCCAGUCUACAGGCCUCAGCAGAGGUCGGGGUGAAAAGGAGGAGAACGCAUCCUGAGGUAGAUGGUGAGGACGUGCCCGGACAAAUGGGGAGUUCAGGAUGCGGACCUGACACCAGUCCCAAGGCAUCGGACUUGGGGUCAGUAACUGACUCUGAUGUUGACUGUAGCGAUAACACAAAAACCCAAAGGAAGAAGAAAAGGAAAGGGAAAGCAAGAGUGCCUAGCAAAGGUAAACAACCCUCCGCAUCUAACCCGCCUAAAACUGCAAGACAUCAAAGACAGAGCAAGUGUCGUAGGCUAAGUGUGGAUGACAAUGACUGGGAGGAUUUGGACUAUGCAAAAGCUAAACGAGUUGUCCGGCGCUCAAAAAUAAAAACGAGAAACCAGGGUAGGAGAACGGUGAGGUACCACGAUGGGGAGGAUGGUAGAAGCAUAGAGAGCACACCAGAGCUCACUGACCGCACCUUACGGCCUUGAGACCCAGUGUGCUCAGUAGACUGACUGGGAUGUACUGUGAGAGCUGGCUUACAAUUCAGGGAAUAUAUUUAUAUUUUUCUAUGAAAAGUUGUGAAUGUGACUAAAUCAUGACUGUUACUUUUAUUUGCACUUGCUGGUUUUUGAAGCAGCAUUUCAGCACAGGUGCCAAAAUAUGCUUCAUUUUGGGGGCAGAUCUACUUUGACAGUAUUGACUACACACAGCAAGAGUUGGGAGACUGUUCAACACUAGACAACUGGGUUAUCCAAACCAGUGAGCAUUACUUUUGUGGUAGCAGUGUCACACAGUUAUUUUCUGAAUUUAUCCAAAAGUGGUAGUUUCUAAGCCCCUGCCAUGCAGUAGGAGAAAAAUCCAAGCGGCCUAUGUUUACAGAAUCUUGAUAAAUAUUAUGUGCAUACUGACAUUAUAAUCAUGGCAAGGGUAACCACGGUUUGUAGGCAAGUCACCUACCACUUUUUUUUUUUUUUUUUUUUUAAUUUUUUCCCUGGAGACUUGAGUUGAACACAUUAUACCCUAUAUAUCUGGUCAUUUUUAUUGACAUGGCUUCUACUCCCCCCCCUCCCCCAAAUUCUUGUCUUUUUUUUUUUUUUUUUUUUUAAGGAAAACCUGAUGACUUUCAUGUUUAUAAACUUGAAUUUAUAAAGUGUUUGUAAAUUAUUUUACAUGUUUGGAGUGCAUAUUUUAAAGGUCUAAUUUGAGAACAUAGUCAUAGUAUUUUCUUUUAGAUUGUUUACUGACAAAUUGUUGCUUUUUGUCCAAGAUCUACUUUCCAUUAGGAUUCACCAAAUUCUUGCUCUUCCAUAAUCUCACUCUGAAGUAGAGAAGUUUGUGUGCCUUAGAUUUAGGGAAAGUGUUCUUUAAUAAGAGUGCGUAGGGCUAAUGAUAUUUCAGUUCUGUGUAGAUUUCCCUUUGUCAAACUGUAGAGUUGAGAGUGCAGUUGUAAAUCCUACUUGUGUAGGGAAACAGCUUUUGUUGCCCAGUGUACCCUAAGCAUCCUUUGUUUGGGACAAGUGUGUGAAUCUUUGUUAUAUGGAUUCUGAGAUCCAUUUGAAGGGAAGUAUCACAUCAGCCCAUGCCCCACAGAACACUUAUUGUUAGCCAGGGUCUUUUCUUUAGUAGACUAUUUUUGGUCUACUGGUAUAGCUCUUCCAGUCAGUUUCUCCUUGAAAAGCUUUCCAUGAGUGAGAGGGAUUUGCAGUGUGCACACUUUUGAGUGCUUUUUGACUUAGUUGUACUUGGGUUCAUUCGCAAGCCACUCUUUAUCUCCCGUUUUCCUGAGGUGGCAGAUAAAGAACAGCACGUGCUGCUCUCCAGUGUCCCUUGGCUUUGUAUUCAUGUCUCGUGCGUGGACUUCAUUUGACAUGGUAGGCAGUCUGUAAGAGAUGAGAUGGUUUUGGACAUUUCCUCUGUCUCUCUUGGAUAGAGAAUUCUCUGCCAAGCUCCUUUCCAUAGGGCUCUCACUAGACGGAUGUGAGGGGCACAGACUGGGUCAGCUGUCUUUGACUAUUGACUGAAAAAGCAUUUGAUUCUUGUUAUGUUCCUCAGGAUUGUAACUCCAUGUUUAUCAUUAUCUGCAAAAAGGCACCCAAAAUCCACAAGUAUAUAUGACGUGCACGCUUUUACAAAGUUUGGGUUUUGUACACAGAGCUGUUGUCAUUUUGGGACUAAGUGUUAAGUGGUUAUUGGUUGUCUAGUCAGACGCUCCUUUCUAAGCCUUUGGUCCAGCUGUGUAGUAGAUGCAUGGUUCGGUUUCAUCAGAUUAGGGUCCGUCUGAGAGCAGACGUGGACCUGGUGACCUUGCUGUGUGGCUGACAGUGGCUCUCGGCUUGUGAGGAGGAAGAAGCGUCUUGCUUUCCUCCUUUUCUUUUUGGUCAUGGUGCUGUUUCUAACGUUGACUUUGAGUAUGUGACACACUCCUAAGUACCGUUAAGGAUGAUUAACAAUAGUUAUAAUGUUUACAUUGAGCACUAGGUGUUUGAAAUGCGCAGGGAUUUAAUGCACAGAUGUACUUUAAUGUUUAGGAUCAGUCUGUCUUUUUGAGAGAGUUAUAAGGUGAAUGUGAACUGGUCCAGAAGUAAGUGCUCUAGCUUCUGUUGCACUUGAAGUAGUUAGGGUGUACUUGCAAAAGGAGCCAUUUCCCACUCUAGUUUUGUAUGUCCAAAGUCUGUGAUUUUAUUCAUUCAUAGUUUUUAAAAGAAGUUUGAAGUAUUACAGGUUUAAUUUUUUUUAUUUCCUUUGAAAAGAUUACUAUUACCAAGCAUAUUAAGAUUAAAAAAAAGAUUUAAAGGAUUUCCCACUUAUAUCUUAUUUUAAAAGGUGUACUCACAAUGUGUAGUAAUUUAUGAAUAAAAAGAAAAUGUAUCCCAUUUUCAGGUAAUUCCUAGGGUGGUCAUUGUUUUUUUUUUGUUUUUUUUUUAAGUGGAAAACCUCUGGUUAAAUAAUGUCUGAAGUUAGUGUGAUCUUGGAAAUUGUGAUACAGGUCUCCUAGAGAAGUUGGUUUUGAGUAAGACAUGUUUUUGAAAAGCACUUCAAGACCUAGAACAACAAUGCAUCGGGUUUAUAAAUAGGUUCAUUCAACACCACUAGAGGGUUACAUUAUAGACAGGUUCAUACAGUACUGCCAGAGAGCUACACUGCCCACAGUCACAGUCACUAUGCCUUUGCCCUCAUUGUGGCUUUUGGGGUAAGGAUGGGUUCACACCACAGUCUGGGUUUCUGUGGUGCUCUUUUUCUUAAAUCACUGUACUGUAUGAUAUAAAAUUUGAUCACCUGGAUUUUACUCUCGCGUCACUACAAGCUGAAUGUAAUUGUGUCAACUGAAAAAGACAUCUGAGGUUUGUAACAGAGUAGAAUGCAGAACAUUAAAGAUGCACGAGAUGCUUUAUGUUCUUUCCCCUCCAGUGUCCUGAUUCUGCCAGAAACAAACUGACAGGCUUGAGAGAGGCUUUGCUUUGUCCUUCAGUGGUUGAAGUAACCAGCUCGAUUCUUUGAUCAUUAAACCAGCAUGUUUCAGAUAUCUUACAGCUAUUACCCAAGUCCAUGGGGUUUUCUCAUGGUGUAGAGAGUGUGCUGGAGUGUAAAGGAGCUUGGAGAGCCUUCCUCCUGUUAGUGACUACUGAAGCUUAGACCCUCAGCUUUGGCUGUGGACCCUGAUCAGCACCAUAGGUUUACAUCUGUGUCGGCCCACCCAGUGUUCUGUAAUGUACUGACCAAACCAGCUCUGCUAGAGCAAGGGGAACAUGAGGCAGUGUGCACUCUUACUUAACUGGGUUAGUUAUGAGUUCCACAUGCAGCUCAUACUGUCACUAAGGACUGAGGGUAAAGAGUAUGAUGCUGGGGUUGAUUGUGUUAUGUGUUCUUACAUCUUAACAUUUUUAAAUUCUUACAAGUGUUCUGAAGGACACCUGGGAAUUCUCAACAUUAAAAUUUUUUU